AUGUCUACCUCUACAAAUUAUUCGGAACGAAAUUUUUCAGCGAUGUUAUUCUUUGAUCAGUCAGAAGAAUGGAGUCUCUUGAACUUUAUAAAGUACCUUGAUUCGAUAGAGAGUUUGCGCGACAGCUCUGAGCCACACCGCAAAUAUGGAAUAAUUCUAAAUGGAAUUAAGAAUGAUGAAAAUGAGUCGCAGAAAAAAAGGGAAAGAGCUGAACAAGCACUGUCAACAUACGAGGGAAAGAAAAAGUGUUUGGUCGAGUCUGAUAAUCCCGCCAUCGAGUUGGUGGGCACACUGGUGCUAGGUCGAGUCCGAAAUACCGCCGUCGAGUCGGAGGCGUUCUUCAGAGAUCCAAGAAUUUUGGCAACAGAAAAACUUCAAAUUUCACUUAAGGAAAAGACUAUAAAAAGCACUGAAAGAAUGAUCGGCCAUAUUAAUACAAUACAGGACGAAGCAAGCGAUAUUUUAGUUCUUGGCAAGAGGGAUAAUCUAAGACGAUUAAAAUCAGAUCUUGGAGUUGGAGAUAAUAUUGAAAAUGGUGGACUUACGAAAUCCCCUUAUGAAGACCAAGAGUCCGAUGAUGAUUUCAUGCCUGCCCGUCAACCAAAGCGAAAAAAGCAGUUAUCUCUUUCGAAAAAGAAUAAAGAGUCGGUUGGUUCAGCUAAGAAAGUCAGGAAAGACACGCUAUACUCAUCACACGAAGUACCAAAACCAUCAUCAUCACCAGGAGUGGCAAAACCAUUUUCAUCAAGCUUAGAAAGCGCAGGGUCUAGUGCGGAAAUGACUAGCGGUAUAAACGAAAUUAAUAGUCCCGAGCCACGUACUCCGCCUCAUCGAAUUUUUUCGUAUGAUACUUCAUCAGGUUCUUCCGUAUGUAAAGAACAUGGUUCUAAAGAUGAUACUUCCGAAGAUGAUCUCCUAAUGAAUCCCCUGUUGAUAUCACCGUCGAUUGCAAGCUAA